UCUUCUUCUUCUUCUUCUUCACGUCCAGCUAAAUCAAAUCCGAGAGAUGGCUUUCAACAACUCGUACAUGUCUGUGAUCGGGGUGGUCCUUCUCUUGACCACCACAAUUGGCCAAGCGGAGGCACAACCGGUGGCAUCCCGUUCAAAGAAGCAGCUGCAUGCACCUUUGUUUAUCUUUGGAGAUUCACUGUACGAUGCUGGCAACAACAACUAUCUCAACACCACGAAGCCUAACCAAGCAAGUUUAUGGCCUUAUGGAGAGACAUAUUUCAAGCACCCAACAGGACGAUAUUCCAAUGGCCGUGUGAUACCUGAUUUUAUUGCUCAAUUUGCAGGAAUGCCGUUGAUUCCUCCAUUCUUACAACCAGGGCUUCAUGAGUACCACUAUGGAGUCAAUUUCGCUUCUGCCGGAUCGGGUGCUCUUGUCGACACACACCCCGGCAAGGUGAUAGAUCUUCACGCACAGCUAAGAAACUAUAAAAAAGUGGAGACUUGGUUCAGAGAUGAAUUCGGUAACGUGAAAGCUCAAAAAAGGUUAUCACGAGCUGUUCACUUGUUCAGCGUGGGAUUGAAUGAUUACUAUGCGGCCAUUUCAAAAAACAUCAGUUCUAACUAUGUAGACAUUGUCAUUGGAAACAUAACAACAGUAAUCAAGGAAAUAUAUAAAAGUGGAGGUAGAAAGUUCGUUUUUCUUACCUUGUUGGACUGGAGGUUUCUGCCACUCUCACGGCUGGCGUAA